ACAUAUGACGUGCGUAUAACGUUCAAUCCUAUUGGCUUGUUCAAAAUGUACAUUGCGCAUGCGUACUAGCAGGUUUAAUAACUUUUGAAUCUAUUACUAACUGGAAGUCUUACCAAUCAAUUCUAGGCCUUACUACAGCAAUGGCUGAAUACCUUGCUGAUAAUCAGGAUGAUUAUUAUUGCUUAGACGUCUUAGACGACUUUAUUGCUAGAUCUUCAUAUAAAUAUUUUACCGUUGACGAAAAACGCUUUCUUCUUUCAUAUAGAGAUAAAGCUAAUAAUAUUAGAGAUACUACUUUUAAUGGCAUAUGGUAUCAUAUGUAUUUUAAUGUUACAUAUAAUUAUGGGAAGACUAUUGACAUUGUCCUAAAAGUGAUUAAGGAACUUAAACUGGAUCUCUGGACUAUGUUCAAAAAAAACCUUCCAUUAGAGGGAACCGACUUUUCUCACGGUUGUCUGGGAAAAGAUCCCGAAGCAUUCAUCAGAAUAACGGAAGCAGGAGCCUCUAACGGAACAUUUCUAAUAAAACACCUGUAUUAUUGCUCCUUUAAAUGGUUUUUUGAUGAUAAAGAAGGCUACGAUGCGUGGGUGGAUAAUUGGGAUGACAUGUCUGGAAAUCCUCUCAACUUCCGUGCAAUUCAGCUUCUGACUCUUUAUAAGCCGUUCGAAUAUGCAGAGCACGAAAUGGCCGUGCGAGUACUCUGGAGCUCUAUCCCAGAUGCCCUUCUGACAAAGACCGAUAUUGUUAGACCUUUAGAGGGGAUCAAUCCUAUAAACUAUCAGAAGAUAAAUGACGUAUGGAAAUGGUACUGCAAUCUAGUAAAUUAUGAGGAAACUUCUGAUAAGCGUCCAAGAUCUCUGAAACACCUUUCACGAUGCAUCAUCAGAAACAGAUUGAGAGUCAACUUCAAGUUGCCCGAAGGAGUGGAAGAACUGGGCGUUCCCAAACAGGUCCAGAAGUAUUUACUUCUGAAAGAUUUCUACACGAUAGAUUGAAUACUUUGACUUGGAAUCAUUUAUUCAAUGUAUUUCAUGAAAUAUAUUAAGGACUAAUCUCGAAUGGAUUUGAAUGUUUGAAUUAUUAUUUCCAUGUGUUAUUGUUUCCUAUGAACACUCUUUGCGCAUUAGUUUCACUGCUAAAUGUAAAAUAUUUUUUCUUCAUAUUAAUAAACAGUGUACGAUUGAUUUUUGUUUGCGACUUUCAAAUACAUUUUUUCGUAUUGA